AUGAGGCUCAUCGUCGUCACCGAAGAAGGCGAUAAUUACAGCCUGGAUGUCGAUGCAGAGAUGGAGAUUGAGAAUCUCUCGGCCCUGCUCGAGGCGGAGUCCGGCGUCAGCACAGAAGCUCAGAUCCUCUAUUUUGGCCAGAAUGAGCUCAGAUCUCCUCAAGCAACGCUCAAAUCUGUCGGUGUCAAGCAAGACGAUAUGAUCCUCAUGCGACGCAACGAUAGAGCCACUGCAUCCACAUCAAUAGCCCAACCUCCUGCAAGCUCAUCGCAAGCUCCCUCAUCCUCAGCUUACGCGUCCAAUCCAUCAAAUUCAUUACCUUUCGAGCAAUCGGAGAUGAUGCGUUUACAACUCCUUGGUGAUCCUCAGCUGCUCGCCAGAUUGCGCAGUACCCAUCCAGAGAUGGCCAGUGCAGCCGAAUCGCAUCCGCAGAGAUUCCAUCAGCUGUUGCCUCAACUGGCGAACAUGCGGCAACAGAGCAUGAUGGAGCAGCAACGCAAUCAAGAGCUGUUAGAAUCAGAUCCAUUCGAUAUAGAAGCGCAGAGGAGGAUAGAGGAGGCAAUCAGGGAGGAAGCGGUCUAUGAGAACCUCGAGCAUGCGAUGGAAUACUCACCCGAGUCGUUCGGUCGGGUGGAGAUGCUCUACGUCAAUGUAGAAGUCAAUGGCAGACCCGUCAAGGCAUUUGUCGACUCUGGCGCACAAGCUACUAUCAGUUGA